AUGGCGCCUUUACCUGGAGAAGAAGGAGCUGCGAAAGAACAUGCUGCCGCUGUUACAAGAGACUAUAUUUCACAGCCAAGAAUCAGUGAGUUAUUCAAAACUGUCAUACGAACUGAAUUUUGUUGUUUGAUUGCCUAUUGUCUCGUUACUUGCUUACAAAUUCAUCCAGGAUUUACGCUCAUCUCGACCAACUUCUUGCGCGCCUGCCGGUUUAUGUAUUGAUUUUCUUUUUUUGCGGUUUGUUUUUUCAGCGUAUAAAACAGUUUCUGGUGUAAAUGGCCCUCUGGUGAUUCUAGAUGAUGUAAAGGUAUGAUUUUAGUUUGAAAAGAAUUUUUCUUGAAGGCUCAUAAAUUAAACACAAUGUAUUAAAAAAACAUCUGAGCCGAAGCUAACAUUAGGUUAAUUUUGACAAACCUGCCCGGUCGGAUUGGCAGGGUUAGCUGCCGAUUUACAAAAAUCUUUAGAAAACUAGCGAUUUAGCAUUAAAGUGAUCCAGUUAUAAAAUUUACAAGAUUUCUCUAAGUUCAUCACAGUUUAUUUCGUUUGAACUUCAGUUGAUCAUGUGAUUACUUGCAUAAGCUUUUAUAUGGUCUUCGUACUCUGUUAAGCUUACAUGGCGUAAAAAAUGAUUGAAACAUAGUCAUUAAGUGCUUUCACCAAUAUCUCCAAAGUAGAUGUAGUUGUGGCUGAAAUCUGCCCUUGUCUGUGUGUAUGAUAAGGAAUAUAAAACAUGAAAGUUGUUGUUUUGCUUGUUUUAGUUCCCAAAGUUUGCUGAGAUUGUGACAUUAACAUUGCAAGAUGGUUCACAGAGAAGUGGACAAGUGUUAGAAGUUAGUGGGACUAAAGCUGUUGUGCAGGUAUGGCUCUCAACUCAGGGCCCACUGAGGUGGAGGGGCCAGGGGGGCCAAUUUUUGGCAAAAUAAUAAUAAAGAAAUAACAAUUUCCCGAAGUUCUUCACCAAGGGCCUCUUCACAUGAGCCCGGUUGACCAGGCUGGCCCAGCUACCUGGACGAAUGUUGCCUUGGGUUGCAGUCUGGUUUCUGAGGGGAGAAAAAGCCAAAGAUGCUGCCCAGGGACGAGUUCUGGCGCUAGAUUCCAGAAAAAUUUCCAACCUGCUUACAGAGAUCCCACCCGCUCAUAUGAACAGAUGCAAAGGAUUUAGAAGUAAGGCAAGAUCUCGGAGAUCAAACAGUCCAUUCAACCGGGCUCAUGUGAAGAGGUCCUAAAUACGUUUUUUGAUACUAGACUAAGACUCUAGUUUUUCCUCAAUAAGGAUGUACAUAAUGAUUAACUUAUCUGUAUCAAGCAGCCAUUAAUUUCAUCUUGCGGGUGUGUGAGUAAAAAGGUUCAUGAUGACAAGGUAGAUAUUUUAAAAGAAGGUCAGGUUUAGCACUGUACAUUCUUGCUAACAACCUGCACAUAGAGGCACUUGAAUUUAUUGAUCUAAACUGAUAAACAAAGAAUCGGCAUGCUGUUAUUAGAAUGCUGAAAGAGAGGGACAGAAAAUUCACACUGUUUCUCAAAAAUUGAAAAACACGCUGCAUUCAGCUAUUCGUUGAUAGUAUUCAAUUCAUUUUUUGCUACACAAAAUCUGUUGAUUAUAGCAUUCUUAUAACAACUAUUGUAGAUCCAUUUGAACAGGCUAAGAAAAGCUUUUGUAUCACUCCCCCUCUCGCCUUCCCUACGCACUUGAAUACAGUGGUCCCUGCACUUGAAAAACUGCUGUGCAGGCCCUGCCACUCUGUCGUUUGGGCCUGACGCCAGAUGUUAACAUCAAACUCUAAAGAAGAAAAGAAAGAGCCCCAGCUAGCAAAUCAGUCCAUUUUGUGUUGUUUAUUGUUAGUUUUAUCAUUAGUAUGUGUAAACUAUGAAAACCUUACUUGUGAAUGAAAAUACAGCAGUUUUCUGAGCCAGGUUGUUACUGGCCCUUUUGAGAAACAGAACUCUGAGGUGAUGAUGUCACAAAAUUGAAUUUUUGAAAUUAUUGCUCACAUUGUUUUAAGUUGGAUAUUCAGAAGGGUCUUUUUGCCAAAAACAGAAUUUUCUUGCAGAUGUAUUUUUAUUACGAUAUGACGACCUGCUCUGAUGACUCCAUAUUGUCAAGCCCUUCUUUAUUUGACUUGGGUAAAAAAUUAAUGACUCAAGUCAAGUUUAGAAGAAUUUGUAUGCAGUCAUCAGAGCAUAACAGCGCUAAUAAAAUCAAUUACCACCAAUAAGCACAGGCAUGCUAAUUUCUGGCAUUUUUUUGUCUUACUGUUUUUUUUGGCGAUUUUAACAAAUCCCAUAAGUUAAAAAAUUUGAAAAUGAUAUCACACCUCAGGACUUUACUUCAGUUACAGUUAAUACUAGCUUGUCUGAUAAAAGUUAAUUAACUCUUCUUGUAAAAAGGUUUUCGAAGGAACCUCCGGUAUUGAUGCCAAACACACUACCUGUGAAUUUACUGGUGAUAUUUUGAGGACUCCUGUGUCAUCAGAUAUGUUGGGUAAGGAUCUAUAAAGUUUGUGCUUUGCUCUUAAUUUGAUAUCUCCUAGAUGCUAUUAAAUUGCUUGGUGGUUUUUAGUGAUGUUUUAACCCUUUAAGUCCCAAUGGUGACCAACAUCAAUUUUUUCUCAACAAUAUUCAUACCUUGUCAAGAGAUUAGGUUAUGAGAAUCUAUGAGAUGAUCACUAAGGAGAAAAUGCUUUGAUCUGCCAUCAAAUUCUCUCAACUGAUUCUUAAAGGAAAUGUAUGGAGAUCAGUUUGGAGAAUUUGUAUGUGGAUAUUGGGGCUUAAAGGGUUAAAUGUGGGUAAAUGUAGUUUAGGCAAAGUUAACCUUGAACCAGUACUGGUCAGCAGUUUUUCCAGCUAUGUCUGAGGGUGGCCCCGAUGCCCUUAGCAGGGGGCACUUCGUGACUUGUAUACGCAGUUGCUAAGUUGCAGUUCUUCACAAAGUGUUUUUGCUACAGCUUGUUGCUGUCUUAAGUUUAAUGCUGUGUUUCUCCCAACCAUCCCUCACUGUUUAUCUCAGGGCUAGAUAAAUAUUGGUCGGUAAGUAUUCCACUGAGUGGUUCAGUGUGACCUUGCCUGGUGGGGGGCAGCUCACAAGGUUGCCAUAGAUACCUCUUUCCUUGUGCUAAAGAAUUGCCCAGCUCCACUACCAACCUUGUAGGCACCAGCGCGCAAGCUUAUUUAUUGGUGAUCUGUUUAAACUUACAUUAACAUAAGAAAUAUGAAUAAUCACUAAUUUUAAUGUUGCUUUUUAGGUCGGGUGUUCAAUGGGUCUGGAAAAGCCAUCGAUAAGGGCCCUGCAGUUAUGGCAGAAGAUUUUUUGGACAUUCAAGGUAAAAUAUUACGACAAAUGGUUCAGAAGUUUUCCUUUGUUUCUGAUUAUUCUAAUGGCUCUAAGCACAAGGGAAAAUUAAAGUGAAGUUACUUUGAAAAUUAUUUUAAACCAGAGAAAGAUUGAUGGACAACUUUUAAAAUGUUGUAUUGUGUGUUGUAUUUUGAAGGCAGGUUUGUAAUUUUUCAUUUCCUUUGUCUCUGGCUCCGUUAUGAAAAAUGUUAAAUCUGAGAAUCAGGAAAAUAAACAUGUUUGGAAAAUUUUAAACCAAAGAGGAACUUGAAUCACAGCCGGUAUCAUGGCAUGUAAUGGAUUGUGUGGAAUUUGAGUGUGAUAUUGGGUCUUUUGUUUAGGUCAGCCAAUCAAUCCAUGGUCCAGGAUUUAUCCAGAGGAAAUGAUUCAGACUGGCAUUUCUGCAAUUGACACCAUGAACAGGUCAGAGCUAUAAAUAACAAUAUUAACAAGCUUCUACUGCAGUUUAGAUCGCUUGUUUUGAUAUAGGAGUUUUUGGCUCUUUUUAUCCUUGACAGUUUAUACCAUAUACAUGUACCAAUGCAUCUGUUUUGCAAUUCAAUACUUUAUGGUCUGAUAGAAAGAGGUUUUUCAAAGUUUCAAUUUACUUGGCAAGAAUAAGUACUAAUUGAGGGCCCGGCUUCAACGUUCUUUACUGGAGACAGGAAAUUAUGCCACUUAAUUUUACAUGGUCCUCCAGCUACAUGAAGGCGAAGCCUUUUACAAGGCAAAGGCUGCACAUUCUUCCUGAGGUAUUUUAAGGCCACAAGUAUUGGUCCAGCCUUUGGUAUCAAUACUGCAACCUUCUGAUGAUCAAUACACCAGUGCUCCAUGUCUGGAGUUAUGUAUCUUUACAUUCAGAGAACUGUUCGUAAGCUAAAUCUAGUGAUUCACUAUUUAUUCUCGAUACAUUUUUACCUGUAAAAAUUUUUUUGUCAUGUUUCUCCUGAUCUGGUAAAUUAAAUGUUUAUUGUUAUUUUAAUUUAAUCGUAUUAGACAGGAAAAAUAUUCUACACAAGGAGGUAACAUUACAAGUAAUAUUGUAUUUUGUUUUUCUCAGCAUUGCCCGUGGCCAGAAGAUACCUAUUUUCUCAGCAGCUGGUCUUCCUCACAACGAUGUAAGCCUAGCAUCAUAGUUAUUUUUGCCAUUAUAUUGCAUGCAUGCACACUGGAAACAUUUUUUUAACUUUGAUCCCUUAACAGCUUUAAUCAACUGAAUGAGUUACAUACAUACAUACAUACAUACUUUAUUGGCUCGUCCCCACGGGGCUUUUCAGAGUCAAUUUUACAUUACAAAAUUAUAAACCAAGUACAUGACAAUAAGAAUAUAACAAUGAUAAAAGAAGACAAAGGUCAAUAAAAUUAAUUAAAUUAAUUAAAUAAAGCAGUCAUUAAGAAGCUUUUGCCUGAGUGAACACUUGAAUUCCGUCACGGAUGGGCUAAGUUUGAGUGCAGGCUGCAACUCAUUCCAGUGAGAGGUUGCUCUAUAUUGAAAGGUCCUUUGGCCGCUGGCAGUGCGGAAGAGUGGUAUGUUCAAAAGUUGAGAAUUUCUCGUGUUCCUUGUCGAGACGGCGGAUCUUCCAACGAGCUUUGAUGUCAAAUACUCCGGAGCACAACUCGUCAUGCACUUAAAAACCAGAACAGCAAAACGAAAAUAAAGUUGUUGCCUGAUUGGUAGCCAGCGCAAGUCUUUUAGCAAAGGAGUUAUGUGAUCGAAUUUUUUAGCGCCGCUCAAAAUACGACAAGCGAAAUUCUGUACUGCUUGGAGCUUGUCCAGAUUAGUUUGAGUAGUAUUGCUCCAAACAGAAGAGCAAUAGAAUAAUUUACUAAAUACUAAGGCAUUUAUAAUAAUAAUUAGCGCGUGUUUAUUAAAAAUAUGCUUAACGCGGUUAAUUUGGCCCAAACGUGACAUGCAUGAGGAUACAGUAGAAACAAUAUGCUCAUUAUAUGUUAAGUUAGAGUCCAGUGUGACACCAAGGUCUCUUGCAGCCUUAACGGGCUUGAGUUCCUUCCCCAAUAGAAAUAGCCUAAAGUCGCUAACCUUAGCAGUCAUUUGCCGGCUGCCGAAUAUCACUAGUUUUGUUUUAUCUGGGUUGAGUAAAAGCUGAUUAUCAAAGCACCAAUUCCUAAUGCUUAACAAGUCAUUGUUCAUCCAAAAGAGAGAAACGUACACUAAAAGGUGACGGCUAUAAAGAGAAAACUAUUUGAUCGCAGAAAAUAUAUGCAUGAAGAACAAAAAGGGGGAAGAAAGAUGUUGAAUCACAUAAUGACCAACUACAUCAAAUUUGUUUUCUGACUGUUGUGAUUUCUUUGUACGUGUAUUUCGCAUUAGAUUGCUGCCCAGAUCUGUAGACAAGCUGGUUUGGUGAAGUUUAAGAAGGGAGUCAUGGAUGACCACAGUGAUAACUUUGCUAUUGUCUUUGCAGCUAUGGGAGUGAGUUCACUAAUCAUUGCAUAGAUAUUAUUCUUAUGUAGAUUGUGUAUGAAAUGUCUGGUGUUAAAUAUGCCAAAUUUUGGUGUAUUUUUUAACAAAUAUCUAUUUAUUAACAAUUAUUGGACAGAGUUGAGGAAAAUAUUGUGAUUUGUUACUGGCUAGCAGAUCAAUAUAUGCCGCAGCUGAAGGCUGAGGAAAAUAGUUGAUCUGUGAGACACUGACGAAUCACAAUAUUUUGUGAGUUUGUUUUUUAAUAAUAUUAUUAUUUGCAAAGCGAUCUGCCAUUUUCACGAAACAGCGACUGCAAGAAGGAGAAAAGCGUGGUUUCAUUUACGUAUGAGCAGAAUGUUAUUUGCAGCCAAACACAGUUGGACAACAUUAAGCAUGAGCAGACCAUUAUUAAAUUGUAGGCAGCUAUCUGCAGGUCACAUUAUGUGCUCUCAGCCAGUGAAAAACGAAGAAAAAUUUGCAUUGAAUGGUCAUUACCUUUGACUACAAAAAAACUCCAGCUUAGAGCCCAGAAAUCUGGUUGAUGGAUGUUUUCUUUGUUUUGAAUUCAUUCAUCUUUGUUAAGUAAGUACAUUACCUUUGUUCUUUUGAUUAGGUAAACAUGGAAACUGCUCGAUUCUUCAAGCAGGACUUCGAGGAAAAUGGUUCUAUGGAAAAUGUGUGCUUGUUUUUAAAUCUUGCCAAUGAUCCAACGUAAGACAUUUUCUUAAUUCUUUCAGAUUUGACACUUUGAAUUUUAUGUUUAACCCUUUAAGUCCCAAUAUCCACAUACAAAUUCUCCAAACUGAUCUCUAUAUGUUUCUUUAAAGGAUGAGUUGAGAGAAUUUGAUAAAAGAUCAAAUCAUUUUCUCUUAGGUGAUCAAUUUAUUAAAUUCUCAUAACCUAAUCUCUUGACAAUCUAUGUAUAUCGCUAUGAGAAAAUUGAUGUUGGUCACUGUUGGGAAUUAAAGGGUUAAGAGAUGUUGAAUCACUCGCAUUUUAAUCCCAUUAGUCAGGGCUUGAAGAAAAAAAAGCAAAAAAAAACUUGAAUUCCAGCUUGUCCUUUUUUUAAAUAGACAAGCAGCUUUGUAAAUGUUGGAUGUGAUUCAAUAGCAUCCUUCAUGCUAUUUUUAUUUCCUUUUUUUUUUUGUACAAUUGUACCAUAAAUGAGGAUGAACCAAAAGAAAGAAAUUUCACUAUUCCUGAGUUUAUUAUUGUUCCUUUCUAUUGAUUUUUCUCAAUAGUAUUGAACGUAUCAUUACUCCACGUCUGGCACUGACCACAGCAGAAUUCCUUGCUUAUCAGUGUGAAAACCAUGUGCUGGUUAUUCUUACAGACAUGAGCUCUUACGCUGAGGCCUUGCGAGAGGUGAGCUGGUGGAAAGUUUAAAAGAGUGUUGAUUAAGCAAAACUUUCUAGUAAUUUUUUAGAAACUGAUCAUUCCGGUCUAGUGAUCAGGAGCUGAUUUCUUCCUGCAUAAUCAUUAGAAUUAAGCAUAUGUUGUUCCUAGUUUUAUUAUUUCUUCCUACAAGGGACCUUAUUCGUGAUAUCUGCCAUCUUUGCACUAGCCUGCGAGCAAGCUCUCCUAUUUGGGCGAGUGAAACGAGUCUCGCGAGAACGGCUGUCACGUCAGGCGGUUGUCACUUUUUUAAUCUGCGGCACGUUUACGGUGACAGUUUUCACGCUUUGCCGAGUCCCGGGGUUUCCGGGGUGGAAAUGAAAAUUUAUGAGAGAUCGUUGCAAGCUCUCCUUUCUUCGGCCCCUCGCUCGCGCGUUCUCGCGAGGCUCGCUUCGCUUGCCCAAAUAGGAGAGCUUGCUCCCAGGCUAUUUUUGCACAUGUGCAAGGAGCUAUGUCAUGUCACGCUAUUUCAUGGAUUGAAACUUGAAAAACUGGACCAACUUUUUAAAGUUCUAAUUCUAUCCUUAAAAAAUUCAUUUUUAGAGAUAUCAAAACAACAGUGAAUUUACCCGCCGGUUAAAAAAAAAGUUGCCAUUGUAGGGAAGUUGCCGUUAGUAGAGGACUUAAGGUUUUCCUUGAUCAUUUGACCUUUAUUUUGAUGAGCUAAGGUGCGUUGUUUAUGGUAAUGUAGGUAUCUGCUGCUCGUGAGGAGGUUCCAGGCCGUCGUGGUUUUCCAGGUUACAUGUACACUGAUUUGGCCACAAUUUACGAGGUAAAGUCUAUUGUUUAAUGUUGUUACUAUCCCCCAACAUUUUCCAGAUCCAAAAUUUCAGAAAAAUCACGAUUUCUUUUGCAAAAUUUUCAUUGCAAAAGGCAAAUAGUACCGUGCAAGAGUGGUAUCGAACAAGUUUCACUUAAAUCAUCGCACCGUAAUGAUGGGAAUCUGAGUGCUUGAUUCAGUGUAAGAGUAGAGUGGGACUGGUUAGCAGGGUAUCUCCCCACGGAAUUUGUUUAGUUGAACUGCAUCACGCUUUUCUGUAGUCAGUCCCACGCAACCGUUUUUGUCUCGUCAUGAAAGGCUCCUUUUCUGAAGUUGAUUCCGAAUUAAAAAGGCAACAUUCUGCCAAAAUUUACAGUAUUAAAGUGUAAGGUCCACUGAGUCUUCCUCUUUCCGGAAUACUACUGUCAAUUUAUUCGUCCUUUAUUUAUUUUUGGCGUGUUUCCAGAUGAACUUUUAUGCAUUGACAGGCUUUUGGUUAUUCGAUCGGAAGUUUACUCUUGUUCAUAGUAUCACCGAUGACGUUAGCCACAAGUUCCUUUUUACCAUCGAACCUUAUACCUUGUAUAUUUGUCAAAUGUAGAUUUACAUCUUUUGUAUUAAACGAACGAUAAUUCUGAUCAUUUUAUAGCGUGCUGGACGCGUGGAGGGAAGAAAUGGUUCCAUUACUCAAAUCCCGAUUUUAACUAUGCCCAACGAUGGUAAGAAAUUAUUGUUUUACGUUGCAUUGCUCAGAAUCAAGUUGGCUGACCGCAGUUGCAGUGGCAGUAGUUGUUGAUUCCAGAGUGUUCGGUUUUCGUUUCCAGCACUUCGUUGUCUGUGCUUACAUAUGUUAUAACCAACUUCCUUUACCGUAUUGUAAACACCUUUGGAACCGUGAUUAAGUACCCAUAAUAGCGAGAGUUUCUCUCAGCCUUUCACCUGAUAAAAAUUACACAUCGGACAAAAUUUUUGGGUAUUCGUCAAGAAAUGAGCGCGUUUCUCGGGGAUCGUACACCCGUGUCCUCUCCCUCCCGGGAAUCGGAUAUUCGUCUUUUAAGUUAUUUUUUCAACGUGUCGCCUCAUGUAAGAGAUUCUGGAAUCCGGGAUAUUUUUGCUUGUGGGGUUCGGAAUCCGGGGAGAUUUGAGUUGGGGAAUCAGGAAUCCUGCGCUUUGGGAUCUGGAAUUCAGGUCAAGGAUUCCGGAAUCCCACUAACGAUUGGAACCCAGAAUCUAAAUUACAGCGACAAAGACUGGAAUCCAGUAACUGGAAUCCGAAAUCCACGGCGUGGAAUCCAGAAUCCAAGACUGUCUUGGAUUCCCUUACAUGGGGCGAAACGUGGCCGACACUCCUCCGGUAGAAAGGUCUACUACUACUGGACAAACCGUCAUCUUACAAUCAUGUAUCAGUCUAUAGUUUGAACUAAUCUAUAAUUUCGUGUUUUUUAUUUUUUAGAUAUCACCCAUCCUAUCCCAGAUUUAACAGGAUACAUUACAGAAGGACAGAUCUACGUCGAUCGUCAGCUACACAACAGACAGGUAUAAUAAUUUUGUAACGUUUCGCCCGAAAGUCGAUUCGCUCGAUGACAUACAACACUCUAUACAACAUGGUGAACCUACUUCUCCGAGAUGUUAUUUUGGUUAACCUUGGAUUCCUUUUUCUCAGGCUUAAACGACCCGUUACCGUAACAGUACCUACGACCGCACCGUUUAGUUUGAAUUGAUAUGGUUGACUAGAAAAGGGCCUGUUUAAAAUUGACUUGGAAUCUGGCGUGCAAUAAGGUUGAAAAAAUAAUGAUGAAAAAAAAGUCGUCAAGUGGUGAAUUGGCCACGGUAAAGAUUGAGUUUCAGAAGCUGUGGUUUAGAGUGCCGCAACGUCGGAGAAAACCUGUUGAGACAGGUUUCAAAAAUACCGAUUUUUUCGUGUCAUCCUGGCAAAAAUGGAAACCGUCACCAAAUGAAUACCCCGUUUCCCUCCUCCCCUUAUCCAACGUUGUUUAAGGUAACACAGGAAUUAUGCAGGUUGGUUUUUACACCAAAACAACUUUGAAUAGGGGGUGGGGAGGAAGCUUACUUUGUCUGUUUAGAGUAGAUGGUACUGUACCGCCAAAGUUAGAAAAGAGAUGGAACUGUCACAACAGUUUUGUCUGAGGUUGAAGUUCUUCGUAGUCGCAAGCUCGAGGAAUCUACUAAUUAAAACAAUUUUAUUUGCGUAAAAAUAGACGGUAAAAAUAAAGGAUUGGUGCGAAAAGGGUGCCAACAGAGAAGAACUGAAUCCUCAUACGCUGUUGACUCCCUCGAAUUGUGGGUUGUGUCGGGUACAGGGUGUAUGAUAGCAGUCUUGUGGAGCUACGCUAUAAGUGGUGCGAUGGAAGGGUGAAAAGCGGCGGCAAAUGUCUCAAGCGAAUUAACUUUGUCGUGUACAAGCUGCAACGAUUUUGUAAUUCGUUCAAUAAACAUAGACUGAGUGACUAAGUGAAAAUUUCUCCUAGGUGUAUCCACCAAUCAACGUGCUACCUUCCUUGUCUCGAUUGAUGAAGUCUGCUAUUGGUGAAGGCAUGACAAGAAAAGAUCACGCUGAUGUCUCUAACCAACUGGUAUGAAUAAUGUUUCGACAAUAACAGUCUAAACAUUGGAAUUUUUAAAUGAAACUUUUACCAAACUGAAUUCAGCAUCCAUUUACCGUAAUUUUGUGUUUUCAGUUUAUAUCUUGCUCAAAGUUCUUGGCUAUUUUUUACUUUUCUCUGUCUGAGAUAAUGGUGUUUGUGUGAAAAAAUGUGAGCAAAAAUUCUAGAGGUUUUGUUGUUCCUUAUUUCAAGAGUAACCACUCUUCGUAUCUUAUUGUUAAAGGCAGAAUAUACAAGCCAGAAAUCACUAUAGUUUAACUCGCAGACGAAGAAUGAAUUUUCAGACGUUUAACAUAUUUUGGCCAGCCUUUAUCAUGAAGAAACAUGACGUAGUCUAGAAAUAAUAUUUGCGUGAAAUUUCCCACUUCAUGAACAGAUAGAUACGUGCAGGCUGAACAAAACGGUUCGAAAACUGGAAAGUCGUGAAAUUACAAAUUUCUUUUCCCAGGCCUGGAAAGUCAUGGAAUUCUGUUGUCGGCCAUGAAAAGUCAUGGAAAAGUAAAAUUAUGCUUGGUAGCUUAUAGUCACUGUUCAUGUGAAAGCAAGGAAAUAUAAUUAACAAGACAAGGACGAGUAAUGGGCCAAUUGCACGAUUAUGACGUCCUUUUACUACCAACACCAGAAUUCAUUUCGUUUUUCCUUUAUAUUUAAAUUUGGUAGUCCCAGUGAGAUUUAAAUAACAAAGGUCUUAAUUUGCACAAGAAAGCAAUACCCUGAAGGAUUCUGAAGCCUUCGUUCAAAUGGACUAUGAAAUGGCGCAAACGCCACGCAUUUGAACUGAGUUAUGCGAAUAAAAAAACCCAAAACAUAAUUUUGAAAAUUUACAACUAGACGUAAGGUCAUGGAAAGCUUAAGAGGGUAUAGAAAAAGGCUUGGAAAAGUCAUGGAAUUUGAAGAGCUUAAAAGAUAAGAGUACGAACCCUGACCAAAACUAACUGUUUUAUUGUACUUUCAGUAUGCUAACUAUGCCAUCGGCAAAGAUGUACAGGCCAUGAAAGCUGUGGUCGGAGAAGAGGCUCUCACCUCUGAAGACUUGUUGUAUUUAGAGUUUCUGUCAAAGUUCGAAAAGAAUUUUAUUUCACAAGGUAAUGCAGCAGUCACUCGUACCAUCAAACCCAUCAAUUUCAGCGGCGAGCAAGCUCCAAGUUCGAUAGCCUGAGAAAAACGCGGCCGCUAUUUCGCGACGCUGCCACUGGUUUCUCUGCGAAAUGACGUCUGAGAAAGGAGCGUAGAAAUUCCAUACUGAUGACGCGUCACUUCCCAGAUCUGGUUAGUGCUUCUGAUUGGUUGAAGCAAACUUUCUGCCAAUAAGAAACAUUACCCAGAUCUGGAUAGUGUUGCGUCAUCAGUAUUGAAUUUCUGCGCCCUUUUCUCAGACGUCAUUUCGCGGGAAACCAGUGGUGGCGUCGCGAAAUAACGGCUGUUUUCUCAGGCUACAAGUUCGGGGGGUAGAUGAGGGGAGGGCAUAAUAACCUCCUGUCCUCUCCCCUCGUUAGAAGUCGAAAAUCACAAUAUGCGUGGCAGACGACCGUAGAGACACGAGCACGGGACCUGUAAUGCAGAGAACCCAAAAGAGUAUUUGCUCCACCUCCAGUCUUGACUCAGAAAUAUACAAUUUUUAUUGGACUUCGUCUUUCUUGUCAGAAAUAUUUAGUUCUGGUGCUAUGGUAAAAGCGAGAACUGAUGUACGAAACUACACGAGUUAACGUCGGGAAUCUGGAUUUUAAGGCUAGCUCUUUCCCCGAGACGAAAACAAUACCGGUUAGGGCUUCUGUUCACAGAAAAGAACGGUGAUUUCGGCGCGAUUUCUGUAACGGCGCGAAGCAUACGCUGCGCUCAGGAUCGUCAUUUUUCGGAAAGGGUUCUGUACCACUCUUUGGUACAGUGUGAACAGGUUUUCGGAGACAUUGGUUGUUUACCAUUUACAAAAAGUUUUCGGAAAAUCCGGUUGUAAAGUAAAUGAAACACCACUUUUUAGGUCUUUCCAGCGGAAAGUGUCUGGGAGCAACAAACAUCUGAAAAGGUAGUCCUGUUAUUCAGGACGGAAUAUUCCAAACGGAAAUUUCGUGUCCCAUUUCUUCAAAGCCAUCUUUGAUACCAUUUUCAGGCCUUUGCGGUCGUUUUUCGGAAAAUGGAACUUAUUGGUACAAAUGGUCAAUGCGAUUCCGGGACAAAAAUUAUCAGUCCUGAAUUUUGCGUACCAUUUGCCCACACUGUGAACCGACCGGUUUGUCCACGUAAAUGGUAAACAACCAUAGCCUAAGUGUCAGGUCCUUGGCCGUCCGGUUUAAAAAAUUGAAUACACUUCUUAGACUAUGUGUUGUUGGUUAUAAAAGGCAAGAUCCUUAACAUAUUACAUGUUUUUUGUCUCUUUUUUGCAGGCACAUACGAAAACCGUUCUGUAUUUGACUCACUCGACAUCGGCUGGUCCCUGCUACGAAUUUUCCCCAAAGAGAUGUUGAAGCGUAUCCCCCAGUCUAUUUUAGCAGAGUACUAUCCAAGGGACGCAAGAGGAGGAGCCAGCUAGAUCAUUUAAUAUACAAUUAAUUAAUGAUUCUUUUUGAAAUUUAAAGAGACAAGUUCCAGUGAUUUAUGUUCAGAAUGUUAAUCGGCAAGUUGAACCAAGGCGUGCUCACGUCCGUCAAAACCAAACAAAAUGAGUUAUGUGCAGGCUACACUAUGAAGCGUCGGGAUUUUGAACCGGUCUCUCGCUUAUUGGGCGAUAGAAACUGAGAAAACUUCCCUGCCCCAUCGCUUUGGUUAUCUUCGCCCCUUCUCUGCACACGGAUCAGAAAACGUGAAGAAUGGCCACAUAAUUCAUCUCGUGAAAUGAUUAAUUUCUUAUGUCAAAAUGUUUCAAUUAUAGUAUUAAAUAUGUAAUCGAAAGUUCGUAGAACGGCUGAUCAGACCUCUGAUCAGAGAAUAUGUUACUUCAAUCUGUGAGCUGAUUGUAGGCCUCUGGGCUUCUGCAGGAAACAGAGCGACAGUACUUUCCUGCUUUGUGCGUUUAGACAGAAAUUUGGCAAUGAUGUAGUAUAAUCGCAGCUAAAUGACAAAAUAAACUUGUAGACUGUCACCCUGAGU